GGGGGCACGAACUGUAUUGAAGUAGUUCGUUGUCUGACCGGUUAUUCCUCUUCAAAGAGUUCAGAGAAUACUGGCAGCUCUGCAGAUUUUGCCCCCCACCCUCCCGCCCAGCAUUCUCUGUGCUUGUUUCAGAUUUCCAGCAUCAGUUGGUCUUUUGCUUUUAUUAACUAAAUGAUAACUGAUUCAGAAGAGAUUGCUGGGAUCUACCAAGAAAUCAGCAAAUUCCCAACUCCAUUGAAAGGCUGCAUUGGUCCACAGGUUGCUUUGAAGCGCGGGGGAAAGUACUGCAACAUCUACUCAGAAUGGUCCCAGAGAGAUCUAGAGCGAGCUGAGUGGAUGAAGUUAUGUCGGGAGUAUUUUGUUUUCUACAAUGAAAAUUCCAUUGUGCACGUUGGUCCUUCAGGAGGUUGUAUAGAAUUACAGAGUGAAUUGCUGAGUAGAGAUUCACCCUCUGGCAUUUGGAAAGCUGUUCUGAGGGGCCAUACCAACAAUAACGGGGAAGAACAGCAAUUUCUGGAGAUCUGGAGCAAAACCUCAAAGGAGAGCAGCAUAAACCUGACAGUACUUGACAAGCAUGGCAAGGUAUAUGAAGAUGAUCAAUUUGGCUGUCUUGCUUGGUCUCACUCUGAAACUCACAUUCUGUACGUGGCUGAAAAGAAAAGACCCAAAGUGCAAUCCUUCUUCAAAACGCAACCAGAGCUCGGUAUCGAACAAAAGGAUGACAGCAGCAUUGACACAGAAAAUUACCAGAAACCUGCAAAACAGGCAGAUCAAUUUCUGUACUUGGAGGACUGGGGUGAAGCCCUGGUGAACCAGAGUACCCCAGUACUGUGGAUAUUGCAUAUUGAGACUGACAACAUUUCUGAGCUUCAGGGAAUUCCUGAACAUGUUUCUCCUGGGCAGGCAAUCUGGGCCCCUAAGGACAGUGGCAUCAUAUUUGUUGGCUGGUGGCACAUUCCUUGGCGAUUGGGUCUCAAAUACUGCACCAACCGGAAAUCAGCAUUAUACUAUGUGGACUUAAAGGAGGGCGAAUGUUCACAGAUUUCCUCUGGAGGACAUUCUGUCCGUUCCCCACGCCUUAGUCCUGACCAGCGUUAUUUAAUUUACCUGGAGGGUGGUGAUGUUAGGACCCACCAUCAAUGUCACAGUUUAUCUUUGUAUAAUUUGGACAAAAGAAUAAUAUCGACUGUGGUGAACGUUGUGGAUUGUCCAACUGUGGAUGGAUUUACUGGCAUUUACUGCUCAGACCUGGCGCAGAACUGCUGGGCAAGAGAUAGCCAAAGGGUUGUGAUCGACACAGCCCAGAGAAGCAGAAAGGAUCUGAUUGUCAUAAACACUGUAACAGGAAUUGUGACAUCAGUCACUACGGGUUCAGAAGUUGGGAGCUGGAGACUGCUGGAUAUUCACCAGGAUCUGAUGGUGGUUAGCUGUUCAUCACCUAACUGUCCACCCACUUUGAAAGUAGGUUUCCUGCCAGCUGCAGGUCAAGAGGAAAGGAUCACUUGGGUGACACUGGAUGAAACUGAGCCAUUGCCAAGAAUAGAGUGGAAAAUCCUUGCUUUUACACCUCCACCUAAACAGAGGAAUCCUAAUUUCCCUGUCCUCCAGUUUGAAAGUAUCCUACUCACACCUGAAAAGAAUGAGAAUAUCAAACCACCACUUGUUGUAAUUCCGCAUGGAGGUCCUAAUUCGAUCUUUGUUGCUGGUUGGAUGCUGCUGCCCGUUGCUUUUUGUAGGCUGGGAUAUGCAGUGCUGCUUGUGAACUACAGAGGGUCCAGUGGCUUUGGACAAGACAGUAUUCGCUCACUGAUUGGUAACAUAGGAAGCCAAGAUGUGAAAGAUGUACAGUAUGCUGCUGAAAGUCUGCUAAAAGGAGGAGUUGUGGAUUCUCAGAAGGUGUUGCUGAUUGGUGGCUCUCACGGAGGCUUUAUUGGCUGCCAUCUGAUUAGCCAGUAUCCUGAUUUCUACAAGGCUUUUGCCACAAGGAAUCCUGUCAUUAAUCUGGCUUCCAAGCUGGGGACAACAGACAUUCCUGACCAUACUAUGGUGCAGGCUGGCUUUGAUUUUGCCCCAGACCAAUUGCUAAGUCCAUCUCUACUGACCGCUCUGCUGAGCAAAUCACCUAUCACAAAAGUGUCUCAGGUGAGAACUCCAGUUUUGAUAAUGUUGGGUGAAAAAGACAAACGGGUUCACCCAUCACAAGGCCUUGAGCUGUAUCGUGCACUGAAAGCCAGAGAAGUUCCUGUGCGGUUAUUGUGGUAUCCUGACGACAACCACUCGCUCUCUAAAGUUGGCACAGAAGUUGAUGUUUUCAUGAAUAUUGCUUUGUGGUUUAACCUUGCACUGGCCAUUAUUAAAGCAGAUUGAGACAGUCUAACAUGUGAAAUACAAUCCAACUCGACACUUGUAUAUGUGACAGCUUAUUUUAAUCUAGAAUGUCUGGAGUGGAUUGCCUUUUAGCUCUUUGGCAAGGUUGCAUAUUUCCUUGCCUUUAUAUGAAAUUCAUUUAAGUAGUAAAUUGGUCAGUGGCAUCACCUUUUCCUCUGAAAUGGUUAUGGAUUCACGCACUAUUCAAGAAUGUGAAGAUAAUCUGAGCUGACAAUUCAGUGCAAUAAUGUGUAGUUUUGUUGGAGGUGGCCUAUUUUGCAUGAGGUAGUAAAUUGAUUGAAAUAAGUUACAUUACCCAUUUGAGGUACAUAGAAAAUGACCCAUACAAUUAUUUUCAAAUAAGGAAGAAAUUUUGUUAACCAAAGCUUAUAUCUCAGCCACAACUGGCAAAAAAAACUUAGUGUGAAGCUGGAUGAACACAUCGAUGAAAGGUCUAGGCCCGAAACAUCAGCUUUUGUGCUCCUAAGUUGCUGCUUGGCCUGCUGUGUUCAUCCAGCUUCACACUUUGUUAUCUUGGACUCUCCAGCAUCUGCAGUUCCCAUUAUCUCUGAUACAAUUGUAGUAACUUGUUGGCUGUGAAACACCACAAUGUCGUUAGGCAUUAAAACAUUCUCUCUUACCUUUCUAAACUUGCAAAUUUCGCAUCAUGGCUUUUCUGACUGUAGUUAGCACAUACUUCAUAGAUUAGAAUUAUGGAACUUCUGCAGAGCAGACAGAGACCAUUCAGCUCAUUAAGUCUGGAGAGCAUCCAACCCAGACCUAACCCCCACCCCACCACCUGAUCCCUUAACCCCACAUCUCCCAUGACUAAUCCACCUAGCCUGCAUGUCCCUGGACACUGGGCAAUUUAGCAUGGCCAGUCUACUUAACCUGCAUAUCUUUGGACUGUGGGAAGAAGCUGAGACACUCAGCAGAAACCUACACAGACACAGGGAGAAAUUGCAAACUCCACACCGACAGUCAUCCAGUGCUGGAAUCGAACCCAGGUCUCUGGUUCUGUGAGGCAGCAGUGCCAACUACUGUUACACCAUGCUGCCUUCUAUUUUAGAUGAGUGGAUCAGACCAGCAUAAAAGCUCAUGGCAAUGCACUAUUCAAAAGACCACCUCUGUAUAUACCUCAUUAAAAUUCAAAUCCGGUUGCAGAAUAAAAAUAUACUUUUUUUUUUAAACUGAUCACAAUUGAAAAGCUACUCUGUGCCAUAUAAUGCAUAUAUCCAAAAUUAAAUGCAUGGUGAAUUGAAACUUUAACCUGUAUUAUAAUUCGAUCAGAGAUAAUGCUAUGCCUGCCUCUUUGUAGGUUAUGUGGAACAGUCUCUUUUUCGCACCUACACUGGCCCUAAACCCCGCCUCUUCCUCUGUUACAUUGAUGACCGUAUCGGCACCGCCUCAUGCUCCCAAGAGGAGCUCUAACGGUUCAUCCACUUCACCAACACCUUCCACCCCAACCUUCAGUUCACCUGGACCAUCUCCAAUACAUCCCUCACCUUCCUGGACCUCUCUGUCUCCAUCUCAGGCAACCAUCUAGAAACCAAUGUCUAUUUCAAGCCCACCGACUCCCACCCAUCUUCCUGCAAAAAUUCCAUCCCCUAUUCCCAAUUCCUUCGCCUCCCCUGCAUCUGCUCCCAGGAUGAGGCAUUCCACUCCCGUACAUCUUCAAGGACCACAAUUUCCUCCCUUACCGCAGUGGUCGAGAAUGCCCUCGAGCGUGUCUCCUGCAUUUCCCGCACCUCUUCCCUCACACCCCGCCCCCACAAUAACCGCCAAAAGUGAAUCCCCCUAGUCCUCACAUACCACCCCACCAACCUCUGCAUCCAACGCAUCAUCCUCCAACUCUUCCAGCUAAAAUCCAACCCCACCACCCAAGACAUUUUUCCAACCCCACCCUUGUCUGCCUUCCAGAGAGACCACUCUCUCCGUAACUCCCUUGUCCGCUCCACACUCUCUUCCAACCCUACCACAGCUGGCACUUUCCCCUGCAACUACAGGAAGCGCUACACUUGUCCCCACACCCCUCCCUCACCCCCAUCCCAGGCCCCAAGAUGACUUUCCACAUCAAGCAGAUGUUCACCUGCACGUCCGCCAAUGUGUUAUACUGCAUCCGCUGUACCCAUUCUGGCUUCCUCUACAUUGGGGAAACCAAGCGGAGGCUUAGGGACCGCUUUGCAGAAUACCUUCGCUUGGUUCGCAAUUAGCAACUGCACCCCCCCGGUCACAAACCACUUCAACACCCCCUCCCAUUCCUUAGACGCCAUGUCUAUCCUAGGCCUCCUGCAGUGCCAUAAUGAUGCCACCCAAAGGUUGCAGGAAUAGCAACACAUAUUCCGCUUGGGAACCCUGCAGCUCAAUGGUAUCAAUGUGGAUUUCACCAGCUUCAAAAUCUCCCCUUCCCCCACUGCAUCCCAAAACCAGCCCAGCUCGUCCCUGCCUCCCUAACCUGUUGCUCCUCUCACCCAUCCCCUCCUCCCACCUCAAGCCGCAUCUCCAUUUCCUGCCUACUAACCUCAUCCCGCCCCCUUGACCUGUCCAUCCUCCCCAGACUGACCUAUCCCCUCCCUACUUCUCGACCUACGCUCACCUCUACACGCUCCAUUCCCGCCCCUUUAACUUGUCUGUCUCCUCUCCACCUAUCUUCUCCUCUAUCCAUCUUCGAUCCACACCCCCCGUCCCUAUUUAUUUCAGAAUCCGCUCCCCAUCCCCCUUUUCUGAUGUAGGGUCUAAGCCCGAAACAUCAGCUUUUGUGGUCCUAAUAUGCUGCUUGGCCUGCCGUGUUCAUCCAGCUCCACACUUUGUUACCCUGUAUUAUAAUUGAUGACUGUAGCCAAAGUUAGAUCACAUUAAUUGAAACAUUGAAUGUGUCUUGUCUGUUCUUGCGUUUGGACAAUGAAAAUAUAGGAAUUAAGAUAAACUCAGAUUUUAUUUCCAUUUGUGCACUUUAAUUUUUAAACAUAAUGACUGUGAUAUAGAGAGUCAGACACCAAAGAUAUCAAUGAAAAUUCAAACGUUCAGAUUUGGACUCUUUCAGUGCCUGUGCUAGGUCCACCUCUCUGACAAUCUUGGCAUUGAUAAUUUUGUUCCAGUCAAUUGUUGUGUGUGUAAAGGGCAGCUGGCGCCGAAGACCCUUAAGCAGAGAAUCCAACCUCUGAUAAUUCUCCAUCAGACCAAGCUGGAGGAAGAUAGAAUAAAAGGAUAAUCCCUUGCAGCUCUGAAUGCAACAGAUUCCACUUUCAGUCAUUGUAAGAUUGCUUUACAAUCAAUUACUGACAUUAGAAUCAGUUACAAUGAUUUACAGUUAU